AUGGAUAGAUCCGGAGAGACGGUCUCUAUUCCUAGAAUGCCUAAUAAGUUGAAGAAGUUUAGCACCGAGCUCACUGAUUACUCGGUAUUCCAGGCCGAUAAGUCUGGACCAUAUGCCGAAAACCUCGAGGUCGAUGCUUUGGUCGUGGGUGCAGGUUUUGCCGGUGUAUUCAUGCUCAAGACCCUCCGCGAUCGCGGCCUGAAAACGGUCAUUUUCGAGGCUGGUCACGAUCUGGGUGGCACCUGGAGAUGGAACUGCUAUCCUGGCGCCGGCGUCGACUCCGAAGUUCCGGAAUACGAGUUCUCUUGGCCCGAGGUAUACAAGACAUGGAAUUGGCCCAGCAACUACCCCGACUACAAAGACCUGCGUGCUUACUUUGACCACGUCGACAAGGUAAUUGGUCUCAAGAAGGACUGCUCUUUCAACACCGUGGUUGUCGGGGCCAAGUUCGAUACGGAAGAGGGGAAAUGGAACAUCAAAACUGCAGAUGAUCGUACGGCCAAGGCUAAAUACCUUGUUCUCGGAACCGGGUUUGCCGCCAAACGUUAUAUUCCCCCAUGGUCCGGUAUAGACAAGUUCAAGGGCAUCGUGCACCACUCGUCUUUCUGGCCCGACAAAAACAUCAGCGUAAAGAAUAAACGCUGUGCUAUCAUCGGCACUGGUGCCUCGGGUGUGCAAAUCACGCAAGCCUGGGGCCCUGAGGCCGGCGAGCUGAAGGUUUUCCAGCGAACUCCUAAUCUCGCCGUUCCAAUGCGCAAGCGCAAUCUCACCGUCCAGGAGCAAGAGCGCAUCAAGCCCUGCUACCCAGAGCUGUUCCGGUUCCGUGAGACUAGCUUCGCUGGCUUCACAUAUGACUGGUGCGAGCGUAACACCUUUGACGAUACCCCAGAGGAGCGCGAGGCGUUCUACGAGAGUAUUUGGAAGGAAGGUGGCUUCCGCUAUUGGGUUGCCUUGUAUAAGGAUAACUUAUUCAAUCCGAAAGCUAACAAAGAGUCGUACAAGUUCUGGGCCACGAAAACCCGUGCUCGUAUUGGCGAUCCCAGGCUGAGGGAGCUGCUUGCUCCAUGGGAAAUGCCGCACUACUUUGGUAUUAAACGGCCAUGUUUAGAGCAGAACUACUACGAGCAGUUCAACCGGGAGUCAGUGGAUCUAGUCGACAUAAAGAAUAACCCGAUCAAGGAGUUUACCGAGACUGGCAUCACCCUGGAGGAUGGAACUCACCAUGAGUUUGAUGUCAUCGCUGUCGCAACUGGAUUCGAUGUUGUCACUGGCGUCAUGACCCAGCUCGGUCUGGAGAGCAUUGACGGUGCCAAGCUCGACGAUGAAUGGAUCCCUGGCGCAAAGACCUACCUCGGCAUGACUAUCAGCGGCUACCCCAACAUGUUCCACAUCUAUGGUCCGCAAGGUCCGACGCUUCUGAGUAAUGGUCCGACGUCAGUUGCGGUGCAGGGCCGGUGGAUCGCCGACGCUAUUACCAAAAUCGAGGCCAAUGGCAUCAAGUAUAUCAACCCCAAGGCCGAGGCAGCUGAUGAAUGGAAGAAGCAUAUUGUCGAGCUCAACAACAGAACUCUCUUUCCCACGACGAGAUCGACAUAUAUGGGUGGUAGCAUCCCUGGCAAGGUUUAUGAACCAGUGUGCUACUCUGGUGGUAUCCCUGCUUAUGUCGCUGAGAUUCGAAAGGCCCUAGACAAUUUGGAGGAGGGAUUUGACAUGGUUAAACGUUGA